CACUUGGUCGUCUCGUAGAAAGAAAUUAGGUUUUAUAAAUUUGUAAUGUUGCAAAACUGUUGAUACAAGUUUGAGUGUUACACAAAUCAACAUUCACUCAAUAAACUUUAAAAAUUUCCUUAUUUAAUAAGGCUGGGUUUCAUGGACGAAAUUUUGGGAACAACUGCGUCUCCAGAGAGUACUACAUCUAGUUGUACUGUUUACAAAGAUGAUGGUACAAAUUCUGAAGAUUUUAGACUUUCGGUUGUGGAUAAAGCAUUUCGAUGUAAAACCAAUCUGUGCAAAUGUAGCAGUCAACAAAGUAAUCUUGGAUAUCUACAAAGUGCAUCGACAUACAAUUCAGGUGAUUUCUCUAACCUUGAACAGAAUGGAUUAUAUUUCACAUCCGAUGAAGUAGUUGUUCAUAAUAAACCUGAGGAUAUUUGGGUAUCGUAUCUUGGUAAUGUAUACGAUUUGACUCCUCUUAUUAAAAAACAUAAAGGAACUAGAGAAAUAAAACCGUUGCUAGCAUUUCCUGGUAAAGAUAUUAGUAACUGGUUUAAUCAAAACGGUGAACUGCGUCACUGUAUACAUCCAAAUACCGGUGUACGAGUACCAUAUUUACCAUACGGACCGAUACCAGAUGUUCGUCCUCAUGUUCCAACAACAAUAUGGCGACCGAACUGUGAAUGUUCGUUUGAGGAAAAUGAUAAACAAGGGAAUCCAUUAAGGCCAUGGUGGCGCAGUACGAGAUAUUUAAUUGGUAAAUUAACAAAAUGUGCUCGACCCAUACGUAUUGUAAAUAUGUUAACAUUAGAUGAGUGUACGUUAAACGUGUGCAGCGAAGAUAAAUUAAGUCGAAUUUUAGAACGUUUAUUAAUGUUUAAUUCACAAGCAUCAAGUUAUACAUUUAAAUAUGAUUCACGCGUAUUGGAUAUGGAUAAAACAUUGGAUGAAAAUCAUAUUUUUGAUGAGCGUGAAUCUUUUUUAGCCAAUUAUUUACCAGAAGACAUUUAUAUACCGGCUAUACAUUUAUAUUUUAAUGAUGAUUUACAAUGGGAUUUAGAUUCAUCAGAUGAAUGUGAAGAUUUAGAAUACAAUUCUAUAAGUGGUCAUCCACAUUAA